UUAAAGCAUCGUCCUCGCUCAACCGCGUCAUCGAGAAGUGGGGGCAACAGUGACGUAGUAGCGCAACGGCUCGACCGUAUGCGCCGAGUCCAGAGGUCAAUUUACUCCUACGCACCGAUCGCGCUAACAUCGUAUCUUGCCUUUUUUAUAUUUUUAAUUUAAUUGUAAUCAGUAUUUCCUAAGUUUAUUAUACUGCAUAUUAUACAGUCCACUCUUUUUUAUUUACUCCACUCUGCUGAGUUAUCGUCGCAACAUAUGGUCCUUCUCCCGUGAAAAGUUGAACUGGACAAAGGAAGACAAAGGACUUUGGAGAACAUUAUCCACGUCACCGAGUUAUAUCCUGUGAUUCUCGAGUUUCUUCACUGUGAACAUUGUUACGUGAUAUAUCGGCACGGCUUGCAACUCUUCGGCCGUCUUAGCUGACGUCACCCAACUGACACAAUAAGAAACGGAUUUGGGACUACUCAUCAUUGCCAUCAUCACGGACAGCAAAUAUUCGCCUUCAGACUGACGUCGUGCAUUGAGACAUCUUGCAAGAAUACUCCUCGGCACAGUCAUCAUCAGUGGUUUGCACCGGAAAACAGUGAGCUCGUUCCAAUUCCUUAUUUAAUCAUCUCAUCAUAUCAUCCUCCAUCAUCACAAUCAUAUUCAUUAUCAUCCAUAUCCUACAUAACAUUCAGUUUUUAUUUCCUAAUAAUUAAUUACUAAUAAUUCAAGAUACGAUCAAUACGGUGUUACAUUUUGCAAGUCAUCUUCAUACAUCAUCAUAUUUCAUUUCAUUUUACAACAGAUUUCAACUGUUUCAUCUCUUCAUCCAUUCAUUUAACUAUAUAAUUUAAUCAUUUUCAUGACAGUGUCGCUUCACAUUUCAGUUUAAAUCGAAUAUUUUUUAUUGUCUUUGCUUAGCAUUACGCAGCUAUUUUACAGUAGUGCCACAAACGCCUUGCAAUUUUAAAUAGCAAUACGCAUUCUGCUACAACCUUGCUCGUGCUGUUGUAACUUACAACUGUGCAACUUAUUGCUAUUAAUUUACAACAGGUGUUAACAUUUUGCCUUUUAUUUUUCUUCAGUGCCUCAUUACUUAAAUUGCUUUUCUUUAAAAAUGUCCGACAUAAAAAGCCUUAUUAAGAAACGUGCUUCAAUUAAAGCAAAGCUUACGCAAUUCUCUUCUUAUCUGAAUGUUGCUAAAUCUUGUGAACAGUUGAGCGAAGUUCAGAUUGUUGAGGUUGAGUACAGACUUAAUAUUUUCGAAAAUCUGUACGAUAAAUACGAUAUGUUACAGACCGACAUCGAAGAGACAGUGGACGACCCCAGCGAGCAAUAUGCGGAACGUGAGGAGUUUGAAAAGCAGUACUACACUUUGGUGGCUGCUGCACGUCAGCUGAUCAGCAGUACUCGCAACCAAGCUUCAGGGAACUCCAUAUCCGAGGUUGAUGUUUCUUGUUAUAAACACGCACACAAACAUAAUUCUAUCCGUUUGCCUAAAAUAGAUCUUCCUAAGUUUUCCGGCGGUUACCAUGAUUGGCUGGAGUUUAGAGACACCUUCAUUUCGAUUAUCCACAAUAACAACAGCAUAGACAAUAUAAAUAAGCUGCAUUAUCUCCGCGCCUCUUUAAGGGGUAGUGCCUCCUUAAUCAUUGAUAACCUCGACUUUAGAUCCGAUAACUACGAUGCCGCCUGGAAGUUGCUCUGUGAUAGGUAUGAUAAUAAAAGGUUGUUAGUUAACAACCACGUCCAAUCCCUUUUUAGUGUGCAGUCCAUCAGCAAGGAAUCCAGUAAGUCAUUACGACAUAUUGUAGACACUACAAAUAAAAAUUUAAGGGCAUUGUCCACACUAGGUCAACCUGUCGAGUACUGGGACACACUGAUCAUCUACAUAAUGGCCUGUAAACUUGAUCAGGUGACAAACCGCGAGUGGGAGGAGCAUAGAAACUCAUUGUCAGAACCUCCAACAUUAGCUGUUUUUAUUGAAUUUAUUAGCAACCGGGCUGAUUUAUUGGAAACGCUUGAGGAAUCCAAAUCAUUAUUUUCUAAAGGCGAAGGUGUGCAUGUUGGUAACAUUAAAUAUAAUAAACACUCUUCGGCUUCAAGUGAAAAUUCCCGCAGUCCUUUGUCAUGUCCAAUGUGUCAAAAGGAUCACUUUAUUUUUCAAUGCGAAAAGUUCAAAAGCUUGCCAGUACAAUCACGCAUAAGUAAAGCUCAAAAUUCAAAUGUUUGCCUUAAUUGUCUUAGACCAGGUCAUAAUGUUUAUAAAUGUAAAAUGGGUCACUGCAAGUAUUGCCGUGAGAAGCAUAAUACACUGUUACACUUUGAUCGCGAUACCAUCAUUCCUAACCAACCAAGUAGUACCUUAGCUUCUGUGAAUCAUCUUUCUUCAUCUCGAGUUGUCUUACUCUCCACAGCGCUGGUGAAUGUGUCGGAUGCUGAAGGCAACCUUCAUACUGCACGAGUCUUGCUGGAUAACGGGAGCACGGCUAACCUCAUAUCAAAGGACUUGGCUCGACGGAUCGUCAAGGUGCUCCCUGGCAGAGAUGGCAUCGCAAGAGUCGCCGACAUCCGAACGCGUAAGGGUGUCAUUCGGCGCGCUUUCAACACAAUCUGCCCAUUACCUGUCGCCACUGUUGUUGAAGACACUUCAACGGGGGGAGUAUGUUAAAGCAUCGUCCUCGCUCAACCGCGUCAUCGAGAAGUGGGGGCAACAGUGACGUAGUAGCGCAACGGCUCGACCGUAUGCGCCGAGUCCAGAGGUCAAUUUACUCCUACGCACCGAUCGCGCUAACAUCGUAUCUUGCCUUUUUUAUAUUUUUAAUUUAAUUGUAAUCAGUAUUUCCUAAGUUUAUUAUACUGCAUAUUAUACAGUC